UCCUUUGCUUCUGCCGGCGCCGUAAUCUCCUCCUCCGUGUGUAAAUCUUUAUCUGUUCUGCAGCUCAAACCAAAACAUGAAUCCCGCGAAUUAUCAACCUCCCUUCCACUGGUCUCCGAUGCUACCUCCGGAUCCACCUCGUCACGGUCUGUUCUGGAAUACAACGAACAUAAGCAAUCAGCUCAAACAGCUCCAAGAUACGCUUCACCUCGCAAAAUCAAUGGAGAAGGAAUUGGAUGCAUUGAGGAUGAUAAAAGAUGGUAAAGGUUCAACUGUGGAAGAAGGGUUAGGAGUAGAGUGUUUGAGAUAUAUAGAAAGUGUGAAGAUUGAUUUGGAAGAGCAGGAGAAAUUUUCAGUGGAAGCUGCUAAUUAUUUAAUGUCUACAUUGAGAGCACAGCUUGAGCCUUUUAGGUUUGUUGUUGACGAGAAUUCUCCCUGGGAGGAGAAAUCUGCUGCGGUGAGGUUGACUUGUAGGAUGAAGAAGUCGAAAAGGAAUAAGCUUUGGAAGAAGAAGAAGAGACGGUGUGUUGCAGAGAUGCGUGCUAAGGAGCUUGAAAGAUUUGAACAAGCGGAUCGAGAGGCUGAUGAGUGGAGGGAAAAGGAAAUGGCCAAGGACAUGGCUAACAGAAAGGUCGAUGAGAUGAAGGCAAUUGAGAAGGUCAAGGCGAAACGAGAGCGAAGGAGACUAGAACCCGAGCUUGAACUAGCUCUAAUCGUUGAGGAAAUGAAAGAGUUACGUUCGCUGAGAAUCGAAAAACUAAAGAAGCAAGGUCAUUUUCUUCCGGAAGAAGAUGACAAGUUCUUCGAGAGUGUUCGCGCUGCGGUGGAGCAAGAGGAAAACCAAGCUCAGUCUGUAAUCAACACAGAGGCCGAAGGGAAUGUCAUUGCCUCCGAGGAAGACACUAGCAUAGCCACCAGUAAGGAAAUCAUCAACAAAGACACGGAUAAAGAAAGCAAUACUGUCGCAGCAGGGCCUUGUGAGAAGACAUUAGAAGCUCCUCCUGACAGUGGUUGCGACAAUGUAUCAAAUUUACCGGUCGAGUGUUAUCACUACUACUACGGAAGCAAUUUGGACAUGGGUAGGCUUAUUGAGAUCAGAAGAGAAUGGGAUGCAUAUCUGAGUCCCGGAGGAAGCCGGAUUCCGGGACAUUUGGUGCAGCCAUCACCACCAGCCAAUGAGAUUUGGGCUUCAUGUCUGGUUAAAACUCCCCAAGAGUGAUCUUAGUUAGUAGCCGGUCGGAUUCUAGGAGAUAGGACGAUGCUCCUCUCAGGCUCCUAACUUGAGUUCCAUAAAUAUUGUUGAUGGAGAAAUCUUGAGUUAAUGUCGAUUAUGUUCUAAUAGGAGCUCAUAGAUAGCUAUUUUUCGUUUGAUCAGUUGAUCUCAUUAGUUCAGUUCGAAACAUUGUUGAAGAUGAGAUCUGUAGAUAGAGCGUAUUAUAUUAUUGGCAUUGCCAGAUUAUAAUUAAUGUCUCAAUGGCCCUCCA